AUGGAGCAUGAUCUUGCAGGGCUUGCUGCAUUACCUGGGGUUAAGUUUUCUGAGGCACAGAUAAAAUGUUACAUGAAACAAUUGCUUCAUGGGCUUGAACACUGCCACAGUCGUGGGGUCCUGCAUCGAGAUAUCAAAGGCUCAAAUCUUCUCAUUGACUAUAAUGGCAAUCUCAAGAUUGGUGAUUUUGGGUUAUCCACUUCUUUCCAUCCCAGAGGUUCAAAGCAGCCUCUGACAAGUCGAGUGGUAACUUUAUGGUACCGGCCUCCUGAGCUUUUACUUGGUGCCACAGACUAUGGAGUUGCUGUGGAUUUAUGGAGUGCUGGUUGCAUUCUUGCGGAGUUAUUUUAUGGAAAGCCUAUCAUGCCGGGAAGAACUGAGGUUGAGCAACUGCACAAAAUUUUCAAACUGUGUGGAUCACCUUCUGAAGAGUACUGGAAGAGAUCAAAAUUGCCGCAUGCAACCAUUUUCAAACCACAACAUCCGUAUAAGCGCUGCAUUGCUGAGACAUUCAAGGAUGUUCCUUCAUCAACUUUAGCUCUUCUGGAGGUCCUUCUUGCUGUAGAACCUGAGGACCGUGGAACAGCUUCUUCAGCACUUCAAAGUGAGUUUUUCACAACAAACCCUCUUCCUUGUGAUCCAUCAAGUUUGCCAAAGUACCCACCAAGCAAGGAGUUUGAUGCUAAGCUUCGAGAAGAAGAAACUAGAAGGCAAAAAGCAGCAGCUGGUAAAGGUGGAGCACAUGAAAUGAAAAAAGGUUCUAGAAACUCUAAAGCGGUGCCAGCACCAGAUGCUAAUGCUGAGUUGCAGGCAUCCAUACAGAAACAUAAAGGGCAAUCUAACCCUAAAAGUGUCAGUGAAAAGUUUAAUCAUGAUGAGGAUGGUGACUCUGGUUUGCCCAUUGAACCUCGCAAAGGAACAGCACAAAAUGGUUACUCGCAUUCUGGUCAAUCAGUGCAUCAAAGUGCAUUUGGAUCACGAGAUAUGUAUGCAAAUGAUGAUGAGGCUCUUACGGGUCCUAGCCAAACCUUUGGUUCUUCAAGGAAAGAGCUUAGAAGUCAGAGGUCAUUUGUCCAUCAUGCAGCAAGCCAUACGUCAAGAUUCUCCAACUCAGUUGCAGUUAGAGGCGGAUCACAUUUUGAAAGUACAAGAGAUGCUGUCGUGAAUCGACACUGGCCAGAGGAACGUUCAAAUGCUGGCUACAACCAUCUCAAUGGUGGUCAUUCCUCUGGAAAGAGUGACUGGUCCCAACAUUUGCUGGAUAAGCGCAAGACUUACCUUAAGAAGGACGAACAGCCAUAUGAGAAAGAACAUGCAAUGGGUUUUGCUAAGAAAAACCGGAUGCACUAUUCUGGACCCUUGUUGCCACAAGGAGGAAACAUAGAGGAUAUGCUUAAAGAACAUGAAAGGCAAAUCCAGCAUGCUGUUCGCAAAGCUCGAUUGGAUAAGAACAAGAAUUAGAUCGCUGGCAAUGACAAUAGAUAAACUGAAAUGCGGCUUAGUCAUUGGUGAAAUGUCAGGUGACACUCGUUCUGAUUCAUAGCCUCCUGCAAAAUGGCGUGAUAAAUUCAAGCUUAUGAGGGAGAGAGAUGUUCCUUGAGGAAUAUGAAAGUGCUCGGAGCCAAGAGUCCGAUCAUUGUGGAUGACUUUUUUUAUAUUGGCAGACCAAUCAUUGCUUGAUUGCCUGAGGGAAGAAAAGGGUUUACUUGGCAUCAUCAUCCUCCAUUCGGGCUGUGUGAUUUGUACAGCUAAAGAUUUGGUUUCUAUAAUCAAUUUUUACUUAAUUCUUUGUAAAGGCUAAGUCAUCAUCAUGAUUUUACUUAGGAAUUUUACCUUUUACUUAACAGCAGAAGAGACAGAUUUCUGGCUCCAAAUACAUCAGUGUAAAAAAAAUUUAACAUUAAUCAUUUAUCUCACAAAGCUUGACUUUUUGCUGGGGUUGGGGCAGGUGAUGGGAAGACGAGAGAUUUCUCAAGUUGGA